AUGUCCUCGAAAAAGAUCCUCAUCGUCCUCAGCGACGCCCACUCUUUCCCCUUGAAGAAAACCUCUGGCGCCGACGCCGGCAAAACAGUCGAGCAACCAUCCGGCUUCUUCCUCAUGGAACUCGCCAAACCCCUCCAGAAGAUCCUCGACGCAGGCUACGAAGUAACAUUCGCCUCACCAAAGGGCCAAGAACCCGCUCCGGACCCGAACAGCGAAUCGCUCCUCGCCUUCGCAGGCAACUUCUACGAGCGCCGACGCGAGAACGAGCUCAUCGAGCGCAUGAAGCGCGAGAAUGGUUUCGCUAAGCCCAGGCCCUUCAGUACCAUCAGCGAUGGGGAGCUGGAUUCCUUCGCGGGAGUGUUUAUUCCCGGCGGACAUGCACCGCUGAAGGAUCUAGGUGCGGAUAAGGAGCUGGGACGGGUGUUGCGGCAUUUCCACGAGAAGAGCAAACCGACGGCGGCGAUUUGUCAUGGGCCGUAUGCGUUUCUGAGUACGAAGCAGGCGGGGGAUGGAUCGUUUGUGUACAAGGGGUAUAAGAUAACGUGCUGGAGUGAUGCGGAAGAGAAGGUGAUGGAGACGCUGAUGGGCGGAGAGAUCGAGAAGGUUGAGUCGAGGCUCAGAGAUGAAGGCGCAGAGAUGGUCGAGGGAGUCAUGGAGAAGAUCGGUAGCAUUACGGUUGAUCGUGAAUUGGUCACUGGGGCCAAUCCGAUGGCGGCGAAUGUGUUGGGAGAUCAGUUCUUGAAGAUGCUGAGCGCUCACUAG